CUCGUGCUAAUAUGGUUGAACUUUCAAUAUUAGAAGUAUUGUCGGGUUGAAAAAGGUGUUUGUGCUGCUAGUUCCCAGAAAAAAAGUCUUUGAUGCCCAACAUCAACCAUGGUUUGAUAUAUCCAAGAAAGCAUCUUACAUCUCCUAUAGCUACUACCUUUAGAACUGGCAAUGCAUCAGGGUGUUAAACUCUCUGUGUAGCAGACAAAUAAUGCAGGCUUCAUUAAAUUUAAAAUGGAUGCUGACCUUAACGAAACAUCUACCAAAACGUCGCAUCCCUGGUUUAUCUCCCACCCAAAUGCAGAACUAUGGCAGGCACAAGCAAUUACACACAAUGGGUGAGGGGAGACAACUCUCCAGUUGUGCAGCAGAGACACUAAGCAAUAAUGUAUACACACCACGAAGAGCUGUGCUGUAUGUUCCUGGAAGUGAUGAAAGAAAGCUUCAGAAGAUUACAGGUCUUGAUGUGGAUUGUGCUGUAAUGGAUUGUGAGGAUGGUGUGGCUGCGAACAGAAAGGAGGAAGCUCGGAACACCAUCAAAAAGGCACUGGAUGAACUGGACUUUGGUCGGACAGAAUGUGUGGUCAGAGUGAAUUCUGUUGACAGUGGUUUAAUGGAGGAAGACCUCAAGGUCAUAUUCAGAGCAGAGAGCAUGCCUCAGACAAUUAUGCUUCCAAAAGUCAACAGACCACAGGAAAUUCACCAGUUCAUAGAAACGCUGAGAGAAUCACUUAAAGGAAGGAAAUUAAACAACAAGAUACAGUUAAUAACCUUUGUAGAGAGUGCAAUCGGUCUUAUCAACCUCACUGAAAUCUUUAGGACCACAACAGAGCUUUCCAGUUCCGAGGGAUUCUUCGACCUUGCUGGGGUUGUCUUUGGAUCUGACGACUUUUGUGCGGACAUUGGUGCGACAAGAACAGCUGAUGCCUCUGAGCUGACAUAUGCCCGACAGAAGAUUGUUACAUGUGCCAAGGCAUUCAGACUUCAGGCUAUAGACCUAGUCUACAUCAACUAUAAAGACCUUGAGGGCCUGGAGAAACAGUCAAUAGAUGGAGCCAAUAUGGGGUUUACUGGAAAACAGGUGAUACACCCAGGUCAGAUACCUGUGGUCCAGAAGGCGUUCUCACCGAGUCCUGAUCGUGUUGAGUGGGCUACGGAACUUAUACAGGCCUUCUCACAACACACACACUCCGGCAAGGGUGCGUUUACAUUCCGUGGAGCCAUGAUAGAUAUGCCUCUUGUUUUACAAGCCAGAAAUAUUGUACAGCUUGCAGAGGCUGUGAAGAGCUGACAUGCAGACAUAUGUCAACAAACACACCUUCACCAGGAAUGGUCCCAGAUAUUUGUUAAAGAGUGGAUAAGCUAUGGUCAGAAUUAGACAUGCAGUGUA